AUGUCGCAUUCCAAUCUGAUGAACAACUACUUCAACCCCAACUCGGUGUACACAGAAGAGGAUUUCAGACGUCGCUUCCGGAUGAGGCAUCAUGUCUUCGAGCGUUUACUUCGUGAUGUCCAGCAAGUCAAUCCAUACUUUCGACAGAAGCUGGACAGAGCAGGCUGCCUUGGUGAUUCGAUGGAUGAAACCCAUGGUAUGUCUGAGUCUACAUGCUUUGAUACUAUUCAACAAUUUUGUGACAUAAUUGUUCAGGUUCACAAAGACGAGUACCUCCGUGAGCCAAAUCAAGAAGAUUUGAAUUGGCUCAUUCGCAAAGCUGAAGACUGUGGGUUUCUGGGCAUGAUAGGGUCAUUAGACUGCAUGCAUUGGGAUUUGAAGAACUGUCCCACUGGAUGA